GUACAACACCAUCGACCAGCGGCCGACGCUGGAAUACCGCGCGAACAACACACGAACCGAUUGACGUCCGGUUUAAUAUCUCGCCACGAAUACUCCUCAUGAUUUAAGGAAAGUUUUAGUGCUUGAAUUACGUCUCAGAGGGUCUUUUAUUUUGAAUAAAUAAUUAUUGCAAAAUAUAUUAUUCUCCUCGUUUAUUAUUUAUUAAGGAAAUACGUCAAAGUAUGAUCAUCGUCGUUUCAACAUAUUAUUCUUCCGCUAUAUUACCCACAAUUCAAAAUCGAUUACAGCCCUGACGCGCUGAAUUCAGAUUUCAGAUUCAGAAAACAAUGUUACAACGAAACGUUGACUGAACUCCGUAGUUUUUUUGAAAAGGUUUUUCUAACGGGGUUUCGUGCGUUUUAUGUGGUCUUAUGCGAUUGUACGUCAAACUGUUUUCGUCGACAGAGAAGUUACCGGCACCUUACGAUCCCUGGCAGACUUACCUGCCGAGUACUGAUCGAGAAAAUUUGCCCAGGGCUAAUAACCGUCUUUGAAUUCUUCCGUCAACGGACCGAAUAACCUUUUCAAAUAUACUCGAAGAUUUUUAAGAUAUUAUUAUGAAUUUUUUAAAAAAUAGAUUUCGUUAACGUGAUAUCCAAUUUUGCACUGUGGUUUACGGCUUUGAACUUAAAAAUCCCAGUUUUAUAGAACCUGUAACAGUGCUUGCUAUAAAAAUAAUGUUUUCUCUUUAAGAAAUUUAAUGCUUGACUGCCACAAUGGAAGAUUUUGAAUAUGUGGUGCGGAAACAGGAGCUUCAGAAAAUAGCUUUUGGCUCAGGAUGCGAGAGAGACACUUCAUCAAAAAAGGGGAUGACUCCGUUUAUGAGACAUUACAUAUAUGAAGACUUUCCAAACAUUUCCCCUACUAAGUAUAAUCCUCUGGAUGCAUUUAAAACUAUCAACACCAAGCCUUGUCCUUGUGCUAUCAGUAGAAAGGGGUACAGUGGAAUUGCACGUUUUGCAGACACUUUGAAUCAUGGCGACGAUCAUCCUUCCCCUGCUGAAUACAGCAUUAGCACAUUUCCCCCAAAAGUUAAACAAUCGAAAUAUCCGUUUUCAUCCACAGCAAAGCGACAAAAUAACUCGACCAACAAAAAUCCAGGGCCAGGUACUCACUUGCCUGGAGGUAAGCGUCAAAUAAUGUAUGACCACAGUUUUGGUGGGCGUGUGAAGAUGCGCUUAGGGGUUGAGUUGAAGUGCUGUCAGCGAAAUACUGACAUUUGUGACCUGUGUCAGAGAAAACCGCUUGGUGAUUAUUGGCACAAACGUAACAAAAGCUUUUUAUGCAGACCGUGCAUGCUCAAGGAACAUAGGGAACACAAAAUAUACAAUGCGCCUCAACUCAAAGAAUUUCGUGCAAGUUUAAAAAAAAAUUAUUAUGUUCUGAAUACUGUAGUUUUUUGGGGUCAUCAAAAAACAGAAUUUGUAUUUAAUUAUUUACAUUAUAGAAAAUACGAGAUUGCUCAGAGAUACAUCGUCACGAAGGGAUGCCUGCCAAAAUAUGGCUUAUGCAUCCGCAAGUUAUAAAAAAAUGGAACCGAUGCGAAGCUUAUCUUUCAGCUUACCUUAUAGACUAAUUGCCGAUUUCUUUUCGAGUAAAAACUACUUUGAUAUGGCAAAAAGAGUAUCGCUUAUACAUGUUUGAUGUAAAUAUUACAAUUAAAUAUCCGAAUUUCAUAGUUUUUUAUUACUAUUGCUGUUAAAUAGUUGUAAUAACUUUGUAAUAUGUGAAAUUUAUAAUUAAAAAACGAACUAAGGUAUCUAUGCAUCAGUUCUUUUCACUUGCUCGGAAACAGUGAUUUACCUCUGGUUGUUAUGAAACGUGGGUAUGAUCACGAAUGAUAGAGACUGAUAUAUGAAUAGAUUACAUUCAUUUAAUAAGCGACACGUAUACAUCAAUUCAUUUUUAGGCAUAUUACACGUGAUACAGAUCUAAAUGAUUCUCAUAAUAGCAAUACAAUGAAAUCCUUACUAUUUCUAAUAUCUCUACUUGAGCACUAUUUACAGAAAGAUUAUAUAAAAAUAUUUCGCUUGUCAAAUGGUUAAAUGCCUCAAAUAAUAUAGUAUAGUAGUGUUUAACUGUAUUAGAAUAUGGUAUAACUAUUAUAGCUGUGUGUAACAGAUAAUAUUUCGUAUUACACAUUACGUAUAUGUGGUAAUCAGUCAAUCAGGAAAGAAUUGCUUCUUGUCUAGAUAUUAAAAAUAUGCAGAGUAAUACCACUUGUAUCAAUUGACGUAUAUUAACUGUAUUGUAACAAGCUGUUCUAGAAAUACGUGUGAGGGCAAGUAUUACACUUAUUUUUCUAUUCGACAUAAGCUGUCAUUCGCAGAAUAAGGUUUUGGUUACGCAAUUCCAUAAAAAGAUAUUCGAUGAAAUGUGGGCACUUUACAUAUAACAACUAAGAGUUUAGUUUUAGCUGCUGAGAGGCCUGUAGAAAUCGAUACAACUUGUAAACCACGUGUACAAAGUUUUGAAUUGAAACGAAAUUUAAUUACGAAUUAUUGUCACCUAUUCAAGAAUCGCUUUGAUUUGAAAAUAAA